CUCCCCUGAGCUUCCCUGGCCGCCGCUGCCGCCGGCGCUGGCGACAGGGACUGGCCGUUGAAGGCGGCGGGCGUGGUCUGCGAGCCCAGAUAGGUCCCCUUUGCGCGGAGGGGUGGCGUCACGCGGGCGGUGCGAGGUCGGGCCAUGGCGUGGCGGAGAUUCACAUAGGAGCGGGGGAGCAUGUCGAGGAUCUGCAGCGGCCAGUCCCCGCGGCGGCGCCCACAUGUUUUGUCCGUGUGGGAAUGGAGGGCGGCGCGGCUUGCCUCCCAUGGCGACUUAGCACCGGCAUGCAUGCCGUGAGGAUUGGAAUCGUGGUCGGGGCAUCCCUGGCCGCCGUCGACCGUCGGGUAGGGUUGAAGACGGAUCUGUCGCCGAGAUCCCUUGGCGCCGGCCCGCCCAGAUGGGCCUUCUGAGCCCACAUGCUACCUGCCUACCCCGUUGCCGACGACCAGCGGCCGUAAGCCUCGAACCGCGCUGAGCAGCACGCGGUGACGCCUCUAUGAGUAGAGGCAAUUCCACCGCGCGCGUGACUGGAUCCUCCUCCCAAGGAUGGGAUCCGCCUUCUAUAGCAAAAGUGAGAUGAGCCUUCAUCUCCACGGCGCGGAACCUCGUCAGGCUCCUGCCCGUGCCACCGCACCUUUCUUCUUGCCUCCACUUGUGUCCCUGCCGCAGCUGCGCUUUGAUGGGCUGCCGGAUGGCGGAUGGUGCUGAGUCCAUGGCUGACAUACCGCUCAAGAUGGAUGACCUUCUUAAUAAGGCCAUGGACGGGCCGUCGUCGGUGCAGGAGGCCGGACUCCCGUUCAUCCCUGCGGAGUACAAGAUCACCAGUGGUAUGGAGGGGCAGGAGCAACAACGGCAGAAAUUGGACCACAUGCCUGCUGGUUCUAAGGACAGAGGAAGUAAGGUGUCAGCAAGGAGCAAUCUUAGUAUGAGGAGUAGAGGAGAGGGGCUGGCCUCCCUCUGCCACUUUGGACGCCGAGCAAGAUGGGAUCCUACAACGUAUUUGGAACAUUUGAACCACACCUUUCGGAGUUGUUCUAUAAAUAGUUGAACCUCUUCGAUCAGGGGACUAUGUUAGAACCGUGCACCAUAGAUCAUGAAAGGUGGACAUUAAAGACGUCUCCACGAGCUAAUGCUAUACAUGGGUAACUCUGCCUACAUCAUCAGAUCGUUGCAUCAAAGAGAGUAAAUUGUAAACAAUAUCUAUGUAUUGUUAACAAGAUCUAUGGAAUUCUGUAAGUUACGAAUACAUGUCAAUCAAGAUAAUCUUUUUGUGA